AUGGUCGCUCCUCUAGGGUCUUCGCGGCCCAACAUCAUCUUCAUCAUGGCCGAUGAUCACGCCUCGAAAGCCAUCUCUUGCUACGGCGCGGGGAUCAACCAAACACCGAACCUCGACCGGAUCGCCAACGAGGGUAUGCGCUUCGACCAUUGUUAUGUCACCAACAGUAUCUGCACACCCUCGCGCGCUGCUAUCUUGACUGGAACACAUAACCAUGUGAAUGGCGUGGUGUCUCUCGAUUCGAAAAUCCAACGUCAUACUCCGAACGUCGCAAAACAGCUCCGAGCUGGUGGAUAUCAGACCGCUAUGAUUGGCAAGUGGCAUCUUGGAGAGGGCGAACUACACGAGCCCACCGGAUUUGAUUUCUGGUCUGUCCUCCCAGGCCAAGGUGACUACCAUGAUCCCGAAUUUAUCACCCCCACCGGUAUACACACUCAGGAGGGAUACGCUACGGACAUAAUAACCGACAUGACUCUGGAUUUUAUUCAGCGUCGAGACCAGUCGAAGCCGUUCUUUGUCAUGUGCCACCACAAGGCGCCGCAUCGGAGUUGGGAAUGCGAUGAGAAGCAUAAGGAUCUGUACCAAGACCCCAUCAAGCUACCCGAUACCUUUUCGGACGACUAUAAAAAUCGAGCGAAGGCUGCGGCGGUUGCUAAAAUGCGAGUAUCGGAGGACCUGUCAUACAAGGAUCUGGGCCUCGCCCAACCGGAUGGUGGUCGAAGAAAAGUCGGGGAAAAGAUGAGUGGUGGAUCGCGGAAGAUACCCUCGCCUCCCACGGAUGACGAGGUCCGACUGAUGAAGCUCAUUGACAAUGAAGAUGGCACUGUUUUCCGCUUCCAGUCGAGAAACGAACUGGCUGAGUUCAAGUUCCAACGUUACAUGCAACGGUAUCUCCGGACCGUUCAGAGCAUUGAUGACAAUGUCGGCCGUAUCUUCGAUCUCCUCGACUCGGAUCCUCAGUUGGGAGAGAACACCAUUGUCAUCUAUACGUCCGACCAGGGUUUCUUCCUUGGUGAACAUGGAUGGUUUGACAAACGGUUCAUUUACGAAGAGAGUUUCCAGAUGCCGUUCAUGAUUCGGUAUCCGAAGGAAAUUAAGCCCGGCAGUGUUUGUACUGACAUUGUCUGCAAUGUCGAUUUCGCACCCACCUUUUUGGACUUCGCCGGCAUCACGACGCCAACGUACAUGCAAGGCCGGUCAUUCCGCUCAAUUUUAGCCGGCGAUUGCCCCGCUGAUUGGGAUCAGCUGGCCUAUCACCGGUAUUGGAUGCAUAACGAUGCCGAGCAUGAAGCGUAUGCGCACUAUGGAGUGCGUAAUCACCGAUACAAGUUGAUUUACUGGUACAAUGAUGAUUUGCUCGUCGAUGGGGCGCGGCCAGGAGGCGAGGAUUGUCGGGAAUGGGAGUUGUUUGACUGUCAGGAGGAUCCGCUCGAGUUGUUCAACUGUUAUUCCAAUCCCCAGUAUGCGGAUGUGGUGAUCGAAAUGACGGGCUUAUUGGAGAGAAAGAUGGCGGAGAUCGGAGACGAGCCAGCUCAUUAG